GUUUUGAUCUAUUACUUGCAUAUAUAUGUGAAUGCUAUUUAAGCAUAUCUGUAUGGGUUGCCGCGAGUUUUCCGGGCUGCAUGGCCAUGCCCCAGAAGCAUUCUCUCUUGACGUUUCGCCUGCCGUUAUGGCAGGCAUCCUCAGAGGUUGUGAGGUCUGUUGGAGUUUAUAUAUCUGUCGAAGGUCCAGGGUGGGAGAAAUAACUCUUGUCUGUUUGAGGCAAGUGUGAACGUUUCAAUUGUCCACCUUGAGUAGCAUUGAAUAGCCUUGCAGCGUCAAGGUCUGGCUGCUUCCUGUCUGGGGGAAUCCUUUGUUGGGAGAUGUUAGCUGGCCCUGAUUGAUUCAUGCCUGGGAUUCCCAUGUUUUUUGAGGGAUUCUGAAGAAUAGCCUUUCAGCUUCAAUGUCUGGCUGCUUACUGUUUUCAGGCAGUAAGCAGCCAGACAUUGAAGCUGAAAGGCUAUUCAAUGUCAAUCACCCUGAACAUUCCACAGAUCUAUCAAUCCUACUUGACAGGUUUCCAACAUACCUAAUUACCUCUGAAAAUGCCUGCCAUAGAUGCAGACAAAACGUCAGGAGAGAUUGCUUCUGGAACAUGACCAUACAGCCUGGAAAACUCACAGCAACCCAGUGAUUCCGGCCAUGAAAGCGUUUGACAACAUAUCUAUAUGAUUUUUAUAUAUUGAAUGAAUAUAUCUCCAUGGCUAUAUAUUAUAUAGGCAUCAUAUAAUAAGGAUUGACAAUAUUCCCAAACCUUUGGAAGAGAUCUUGAAGCUGCUAUUGUUUCUAUUCAGGUUCUCAUGAUGUUGCUGCUGUCUGUGCACUUCUUCAUUAGCUGCUAUUAGUUGUUGUGUGUGUGUUGGAAAUCCACUAGAGAAAAGAGAUUGAGAUGAGCCUGAGAAAGUGGAAAUAAUAUUGCUGUAUUAGGCAUUUGGGUACUUAAGUCUGCAAAAUGAAUGAAGGUGGCAGAUCCACUGACAAGAACACAGAGGAGGAAGCAAAAGAUUUUAAAGACUUUCCUGAGAGCUUUAACCAGCUGGAAUUGUUGGAAACCCACAGGCAUCUAAUCCCUACAGGAACACAAAGUCUGUGGUCGGGAGAUUCCGACGAGGAAGACCAGGAAGAAAAAACAGAGGAAUGGUACCAAGCACAAGAGAAAAAACUGGAAAGCAAUCCAGAUAAGCUUCUUCUUUGGGCAGCUGAAAAAAAUAGGCUUAACACUGUACAAAGAAUCCUAUCUCAGAAUCUUGCUCCAGUCAACAUCCAAGAUGAAGAUCAGUACACCCCGCUCCACCGCGCUGCCUAUAACGGACACUUGGAAAUUGUCCGUGAGCUGAUUGCCCAUGGCGCUGAUGUUCAUGCAUUGACAGUGGACAGUUGGACCCCUCUGCAUAGUGCCUGUAAGUGGAACAACACCAAGAUCGCAUCGUUCUUGCUUCAGCAUGGUGCGGAUAUUAAUGCCCAGACCCAUGGUUUGUUGACCCCACUGCACCUUGCAGCAGGGAACAGGGAAAGCAAGGAAACUCUGGAACUCUUGCUCAUGAAUCGCUAUUUGAAACCACAUCUUAAAAACAACUUGGAUGAAACAGCGUACGAUAUUGCUCGAAGGACUGAUAUCUAUCACUACCUGUUUGAAAUUGUUGAAAAUUGCACAAAUUCGGUAUCAGAUUCUUAGGGAUUUUGUGAGCAUUUGAAUGUUGGAAACACUGCCUGCGCCUUUGUAAAAACACUUUGUAACUGUACUCAAAUUUGGUGCUUUCAACCCCCACCUCUUUGCCAUAGCUUUAUUCUGUGAGAUGCUGAAAUGGCAUCUCAUUUUGUUAUAAUGUCAUUAUUUUUAUAAUAUAUAUAUAUAUGCCAUACAACCCUUAUACUUGUGAAACAUUUCCAUUUUUACUUGAAAUUCUUUGGAGGAACCCACAGUACACUGGGGGUUUUUUUCUACUGACCAAUUAACAGGAUGGGAAUACUCCCAUAAGCCAUUUCUUUAAAGGGCAUGGGAUCACCCAUCAGAAAAGAGGUGAAAUUAUUUCAUACUGGUUACUGCUUCCUUUUUAAAUUAUUGGAGAAGUAAUGAGACCUAAUUGAUGACAGACAGGUUUGAGCAGUAGAGACUAAGGGUGCAUCUACAGAUUGACACUACUUUUAACUGCCAUUGCUCAAUGCUACAGAAUGCAGUUUGAUAAAACACAAGCUCUCUUUGGCACAAAAGGCUAAAGAAUUUGCAAAACUAUAACUGUCAGGAUUCCCUAACACAGAGCCAUGGCAGUUAAAGUGUUGUCAAACUGUGUUAAUUCUACAGUGUAGAUGGACCUUAACUCAUAAAACAAAGUUUCGGGAUAGUAUCCAUUCAACAAAGGAUAAUGAGAUGGGUUGCUGUGAGUUUUCUGGGCUGUGUGGCCAUGUUUGAAAAGCAUUCUCUCCUGACGUUUUGCCCAGGAGAGAAUUCUUCUGGAACAUGGCCAUACAGCCUGGAAAACUUACAGCUACCCAGUGAUUCCGGCCAUGAAAGCCUUCGACAACACGAUAAUGACAUGUUCUCAGUUAUUAAAAACAUAACCAAGCUAAAUAUGAUUAGUGCAAUGGGAUUGUCAGGUUUCAAAGGCAUUCCCGAAUGCAAGACGGUAUGCCUUGUCUUGGAUUAUAUGCCUGCUUUCGAAACAUACAACUUUAUGCUGUCAGUUUUUGAAUUUUUUAAAGUCACAGCUUGGAUGCCUAUACAUGGAAAUGUUAGCAACAUCUAUAGAAGUGACUUCGUGAGUAGGAUUCUAGAAUCCACCAGUGGCUUUAAUUUUUAAAAUAUAGAUGGAUUCCUAAUUUGUUGUUGCCACAUGAUAAGCAGUUUGUUGCCUUACACGUUGGCCUACCAGUUCUGAAAACAUUUUGGACUUAUUCACAUGAUCCAUUAACAUGAUUGAUGUCUAAGAAUUCGUGUAUACAAAGUCUUUCUGAGGGGAUCUAUACAUAUGUUUUCCUAUCCACUUGGAAAGUUUGUACCAGGCAGAAAUGGGAUAGAUUGUCAUCUGCAUGUAUGUCAUCAUAGUGUAAGAGCAUACAUGACCAAAAAUACCCAUCCCUUAAAUAAAUGUAGAAUGGUUGUUCUUAUUCAGUGAAGGUGUUUCUGAAAAAAAUCACUUGGUGGCUAUAACAGUCCAGAAUUACUCAUUAUAACUCACUUAAGUCUGAAGUACACUGGAAAAAGUGAGGGGCAUCCUAAAACACUAAGAACAUAAUCUGAGGUCCCUGUUUGAAUUUGUACUUAAAAGCAUGGAAAUUCUUUUUAAGUCAGUGGAACUUUCUUGAAUGUAAAUGUGGUUAUCUGUGAAGUAUUACAAUGUGGUUCAUAAACGACUUGAAUUGACAUACUUAAGAUGACUAGGAUGUGGUUUUGUUUACUUAUCAGCACACACUGCUUCUAUGAAAUAUACAUAUUUAUAAACAUUCCAGAGUAGCUAAAAUCAAUAAAAUACUAUUUUCUUAACCAUAUUAUAAUUAUAGGUUAAUAAUAAGAUAAUUUAAUAGCCAGUUUCAGUGAACUGUAAUUUCUCAACAUAACCCUGGAUAUCUAAAUCAAAGCUUCAGGAGUUGCCAAUCUAAGUAAUUGUAGUCUUAUCAAAUCUAGUGGCUUGCCUUAAGGCAACACUGCAAAUUUAAAUCUGUUUGACAUCCCCAAACAAAUCAUGAGAAUUAUAGUUUUGACUGCAUUCUGAGAUUUCCUCAGAAAAUGAUGUCUUUGUUGUAACUUAGUAUAUACACCAAAAAUAUAUCUAGUUCCCUAGAUUUCCUGAUUGGGAACUGUGAAAAGAUGGCAAUUUUGUAACGAUUAGGAAUGCAUAAUACAGAGAUGGCAAAUUUCUUGUAUACCCAAACAGUGAAAACUAGCCAAGAUCUACUGCAGGACUUAGAACCAAAUUCCCUAGAUUUUGGAUCGAGGAAUGCUGGGAGAUGAAGUCCAUUUUAGAUAGGCAAUCCAUUUUUUAAAAGCUGUAAAGCACUUUUGCAUCGUUAUCAAGGCGGAGAAAGGAGUAUUUAUUAUUGUACGAAAUGGCUUGUCAAACAGAUGCGGUCAUAGUUCACUUCACAGUUUGUUAAAUCUUUGUGAGAUUCUUGUUCACUUUGGAAAAGUGCAUGAAAAGUGAAACUGAAUGUAAUUGAGUUUAAUACAGGUAACACUUGAAAUAAAGUAUACUGUAAUUCUGCUGUGAGUCUUAUUUAAAAAUAAAAUAUUUAACACAACAA